UUUCAGCAAAGGUGUUUAACAAAGUUUAAUAAACAUUGAAAAAUGUUUCACUGACUAUAUAUAAUUAAAAAUAUUUCACCGUGACUGGAAAUAAGCAAAUAGACUACAAAACCCGGACCGAUCCUCUUAAUAGCUCUGCUGGCUAACGUGGUGUCUAACUGAAAAUAACGCCUGAGCAAAACACACACAAAAACACUGAAAUUCCCUGGAAUUUGGGCUGCUGUCAUUGACAAGAUCAUAAAAUAAUCACGAGGUUUCUAAUAAACAUCGCGUUGCGUGGAACUGUUUAAUCUUCACUGAUUUCGUGUUUUCUGCUCUAUUAUUUCCAGCUGUGACGGAGCAGUCCGGCGACAUGACAAAGAACGCUGAUCCUGAUUGGUCCUCGUGUGUGCAUUCGAAGUGCUGAUGACACCUUAUAGAGCCAAGUUUGAGUUUGACAUUGUAGAUAGAAACUUUUGUUUAAAAAUAAAUAAAAAAAAGUCCCAAAAUGUACACAACUUAAAAAAAGAAACAUCACACCACGUAAAUAAGUUAGAAUAUGAAUAUGUGAAUAACUCAAUUUUGACAAAAAUGUCAGAUCGUUUUUUUUGUUUUUGUUUUUUCAUUUCCUCAUUCAUUUCAAUGUGGGGUUUCCGGACUUUUUUUCACGCUAACAUACAACCAGAUAUCAUUCCAAUUUAUUUAUUUUUUGUUUGUAGAGCUAGCAAGUGUCAACCAUGACAUCAAGUCUCAUGCCAUUUAGAUGAAAGGUAUAUAUUUAAUUUCAGCAUGCGUCAUUUGGGGUCAAAAGACAUUGAAUAGAUUAGACGUAAAAGUGACUAUCCAUCAGCAUCCUCUCCACAUUCUGUCUUGACUUUAUUUGAAGAAACAAAGAAAAGUAGAUAAAACACCUAUAGACUGACAUCAGCAGACAAGGAUCAUGGGAUGUAUCUCCAGUGCCUCGGAGUCGGUGCCAGAGAGAAAGAUUGUCCUUCUUGGGAAAUCAGGAGAUGGUAAAAGCAGUGCCGGGAAUACAAUUCUUGGAGAAAAAGUAUUCAACACUAAAGCUUCAGCUUCAACUGCAGGAGAUGCAUGUCUAAAAGCAGAGAGAAAGGUUCAUGGAAGAAAUAUCACAGUUAUUGACACACCUGGAGACUUUGACACAGAUUGUGAUGAUGAAGCGCUGAAAUCUGAGGCCAUCCGGUCUCUGGUUGAAUGUGCUCCAGGCGUCGAUGCCUUUAUCAUCGUCCUGAAGGUGGGAAGAUACACAGGACAUGAAAACGAAGUGGUACAAAAACUCCUGAACAAAUUCAAAGAGGAACACGUCCUGAAACACACAGUGAUCUUAUUCACUCAUGGUGAGCAACUAGAAGGUGAGACCAUUGAAGCAUUUAUGGAGGACUGUCCACAACUACAGGAGCUCGUUGAUAAGUGUGGAGGACGCUGUCACGUCAUCGACAGCAAAUACUGGAAUAAACGUAAACGAGGGAACAAGAGCAACAGAGUUCAGGUGAAAAAUCUGCUGAAGACCAUCGACAAGAUGGUGAACGAGAACGGCUGCUACACCAAUGAGCUGCUUCAGAAUAUGGAGAAAGACAUUCAAGAGGAGAUGAAGAACAUAACUGAAGACAAAUUACAUCCAGAAGAGCAACGAGAAGAAGCUAAGAAAAAUGUUCAUGCCAGUUAUCUGAAGAAGUCUGCAGGAAUGACAAUAGGGACGGUGCUUGGUGCUCUUUUUGGCAUAGGAGUUGCUGUAGCUUUAAUUGUGUCUUUUUUAAAACCAAUUGCAGUGCUACAAACAGCAAUAAAAGCAGCAGGUGUAGGAGCAGGUGCAGGUAAGAUUCUUACAGGUGUGCUUGGAGUUGGAGGUUUUAUAGGAGCUGUUGGAGGAGCCACUUUUGGAUAUGAAAAAGCUGUACCUCUGUGUGACAUGAUAACAAAGACAGCAGUGCAAACCUGGGAUAAUGGAUAUAAGAAGGUAGAAGAAAUGUGUGGACUUAAUAGCAAAAUGGUAGACUUACAUUGAGUAAAGACAUUUAAUUCAUGCUUAUAACCUGUUUAUGUCAUACUCUUCAUAAUCUUUUUAUUGUCAUUGACAACAAGGAGACAUGAACCUUAACUAAUGCCAUCAUGUGACCAAAUGUCAUGACAGCUGAAACGUUCUUCGGAAUAUCUUAUUUUGUGUUCUAGAGUUUGGAACAAAAUGAGAGUAAAUGAUGACAGAAUUUUCCAGCCCAGGCUCAUUAGAAAAACGUACAUGUGGGAACAUUUAUGCAAAACUAAAAUAUGUAACAUCAUGCACAUUUUUUUUAGUUUCAAUGUGAAAUGUCCACUGAGUGGCGCUAAAAGUGUUUUCAGUUUUUUUCAGAAACAGAUGAACAUGAAUAUAAGUUUACAUUGGUUUUGUACGUAUCACUGCAGUACUGAAUUGAAAUGUCCGGUUAGUGGCGCUAAGCUUAAUCUCCAUAACAUUUUAAAUAACAUACCACCCACACAAAACCUACCCGAUAGUGUUAAUAAAAGCAAAUAUGACGUACAAGUGCAAUCAUAACAAUGAUGUUCUAGCUUGUUUUCUGAGCUUUUGUCGUGACUCCUGUUUCAUGGGACUCUCCACAUACCAACUACAAUUCUGUACCAGCUGAGCUACCAAGCAAUACUGUAACAAAACAGCAAAACAUAUGGAGCUGGUUAUGUGAUGAAAAGUCCAAAAGUAUUUGUUUACAAAUCAUGCACUAUGGUAAAAAAGUGUCUUGAGAUCAUAAUGUAAUAUGAAAAUGUGAAAACAAGUCUUUAUUAAUCCAUAAUCUGCCCCUGUAAUCAUAACUGUGACUGAAAAGGAUUAAAGGGGACCUAUAAUGCCCCUUUCACAAGAUGUAAUAUAAGUCUCUGGUGUCUCCAGAAUGUGUCUGUGAAGUUUCAGCUCAAAAUACCCCACAGAUCAUUUAUUAUAGCUUGUCAAAUUUGCCCCUAUUUGGGUGUGAGCAAAAACACGCCGUUUUUGUGUGUGUCCCUUUAAAUGCAAAUGAGCUGCUGCUCCCGGCCCCCUUUCCAGAAGAGGGCGGAGCUUUAACAGCUCGCGCUUCGGUCGCUCAACAACAACAAAGCUGGAGAAUCUCACGCAGACAAAAUGAGGAUUGUCAGUAACGGUGUUCAGCCUUACAUUGUUCAAACCGGAGUCGACACUGAUGGAGAGACUCAGGAAGAAGUUACAACUUUUAGAAUGAAACUGGACGUUUCUGAAUGGUUAGUGGAUAAAUUUAUGUAGUUGCUGUGGAGUUGAUUCAACUCAUCGACUAGCAUGUGCCGUCAUGUUAAUCUUUUGUGUUGAAUUGACCCUCGUUUGUGAAGCAGUCUGGCGUAAAAUGACGGCAUCAACAACACUCUACUACAACAACUCUUCCUCUUCUCAAAGGCUGCGUUUACACUGGCACAAAAAAUCAGAUCUUUUGCUCACAUC